AUGGUCAAAUUAGCGCUUCUUAGCUGGCUAGCGGUGGCUGCCCCUGUAUUCUCCGCACCCACCGAUGCUGUUAUCGGCCUUGAUGCGCGAGCCUGCACUACCCCAGCAAACAGCCUCAAAAACCCGGGCUUCGAGUCGAGUGCCUUUACCCCAUGGGUCUUCAAACCCACAUACAUCAAGCUCGGCACCGCGACAGUUGUAAAAUCUGGAUAUAAAAGCGACCAUGCGAUCCAAGCCGCCGGAACGUCCGGCUACAACGACCCGACAAGCUACAACAAACUCUCCCAGACCUUCAAGAUCUGCAAAGCGGCGCGCUUCCAGCUCUCAUGGUCCAUGCUGCUCCCCAAAAAUAGCGUUGGGUACACCGCGCCCAGCAAGCCUGGCUUGUUCGUCGAAGCUAAAGCUCCCGAUGGUCUGUCGUAUCAAAUGGGUUCUUUCAGCUUUGAUACCAAGACUUUCAGUAGCAAUAUAUAUACGCCAAGCUUUAAGGGUACGCAUAAGGUUGAUCAGUGGGCGAACUUUGUUGCGGACUUUCCGAACUCGCAGACUGGGACUUGGACGAUUUCUAUGGAGUGGUAUGUUAUGGGACCUGGGGCGAAGGGGACCAAGACUUCGACGCUGAAGUUUAAGAUGGAUAACUUUGUAGUGAAGCCUAAAUGA